AUGGCACUCUCAGUUUUUUUGGAUUCAGAGGAGUUGGAAUAUGGUGAUUUCUUGCCCCGAACAAUAGAAGCAGCAAUGGCCAGCGCUUUGCUUAAUAUUGCUAUUUUUUCCAAGAGCUAUGCAGAAUCCCCCUGGUGCUUGGCAGAGCUGAAAUUUAUGCUUAAAUCUGGCGUUCCAAUUAUUCCCAUCUUCUACCAUGUAGAGCCUACUGAUCUCAGAUGGGUAGAUCAAGGCAAAGGAAUGUAUGCUAAGGCGUUUGAGGAACAUGAACGCAAGAGCAGAUACGGCCUAGAAAAACUUCAGGAGUGGAAGGAUGCACUCCAUACCGUCUCAUUUUACUCUGGUGAAAUCAUAAGAAAUAAACACGAUGAGUUGAGACUGCUGAAAAAUAUUGUAAAUCGUGUUUUGAAAGAAAAACACAAUGUGCCAUUGACGGUUGCAAAACAUCCUGUCGGGCUGAAAGAAAUAGUGCAAGACUUUGAGCUGACCACACUCCAAUCUGCCAGAGGUGAUAAGGAUGUACAAAUUGUGGGAAUCUGGGGAAUGGGUGGUUCUGGCAAAACCACGCUUGCCAAAGAGUUAUACAACAGAACAUUAUCAUCCAUGUACAGAUGCAGUUUUAUUUUUGAUGUUAGAGAUAGUGCAGCCAGUGGUCUAUUGUAUAAAAAGCAGAUUCAACUCCUCAAAGACCUUGGUGUCCAAAAUGAAACAUUUGACAAUAUAGAGGAAGGUAAGGAAACUCUUACUAGACAUUUGAGAUCUAUUAGGGUGCUCGUUGUUUUUGAUGACGUGGAUCACAAUGAUCAAUUGGAUGCUCUUUUGCCUGUAAAAGAAAGUCUUGGAGGGGGUAGUCUCAUUAUUGUUACAACACGAGAGCGUGAAGUUCUUAGAUCUUGGGGUAUAUUCUCUAUAUAUAAAAUGAAAGCACUUGAUUCAUCUUUUGGAAAGCAGAUUUUUUGUUGGCAUGCUUUCUUACAAUCUUAUCCUCCAAAUGGAUUUGAUGAGCUUGUUAAAGAGUUUGUAAAGGUUUGCAAUGGAUUACCCUUGUCUCUUAAGAAAACAAAUGUCAUUCGAGGGAUAAUGGCAGAGCGAGUGGGAGAGUUCAGGCAUUAUCAGGAUGAACCCAUUGAUAAUACAUAUGAAGGAAUUUUAUCACUUGCACCCUCUUUAGUUGGACUAAAGAUUUUUGUUAUUAGAGGUGGUCAUUGUAAUCAGGUAAUUGGUGAGAUAUCAAAAGAGCUGGUCUGGCUUCGCUGGUUUGAAAUUGGGCAGAGAAAUCUCCCCUCACAACUUUCAUUGAAAAAUUUGAGGGUUUUAGAACUCUAUGAACCUUGGGAGGAGAAGGAACAUCACUUAGAAGAGCUGUGGGAGGCUGACAACAAUGCGCCUGUGCAGUUAAGAGAGUUGAUCAUUUCUAAUUGCUACAAAUUCCAAAGGUUUCCAAACUCAAUAAGAUGUCUCAAGAAAUUGAAAAGGAUUGUACUUGAAGGAGAUAAUAAUAUUUUGGCUCUGCCAGAAGAAUUUUGUUAUCUUCGAUCACUGGAGCACUUGCAAUUAUUUUGCCCUGACUUGUUUUCUCUGCCCAUCAGUUUCGGCGCUUUGAGAAAUCUGCAGUAUCUAGAUAUGUUCGGUUGCCAAAAAUUAACAGGCUUACCAGUUUCUUUUAGGAAGCUUAUGCUCUUGCAACAUCUCAACUUAGGUUUUUGUCAUCAGCUAAUGCUUACGUCAGAGGAUUUCCAACACAUCACAAAGCUGGAGUUUUUGAGACUUUCUAACUGCAAACAAGUGGAAGAGUUGCCUCGCCACAUAGCAGACCAGGCGUCCUUGACAGAACUGUAUUUGGAUGGUAUAGAGAGCUUAAGGGAACUACCAGUUAACAUCGGCCAACUCAGCAGGCUGCGAAAGAUGGAGAUAGGGAAUUCUCUUAAAGAUUCAUCUUCCUUGACUCAUCUGUCCAUUGCUUAUUGUCACAAGUUGAAACGCUUACCACCAUCUCUUGAAGGUUUGUCUUCCUUGACUCAUCUUACAAUUCAUAAUUGUCCUAUACUAGAAUGGUUGCCGCUAUCUCUUGCAAAUAUGUCUUCCUUGACUCAUCUUACCAUUACUCAUUGUGACAACCUGAAAUAUUUGCCAACCGUGUGGCAUCUUAUUCACUUAGAGCAUUUAACAAUAACUCAGUGCCCAAUUAGUCAAGUAGGUUUUUGGGGAUUGAACAACCUGAAGACAAUGGAACUAGUGUCCACAGAAGUGCGCAAGAUUUCGACUUCUGAAGACCGUUGUCCCCGCCUUGAGCGAUUGCGAGUUUCCUGUAAUGAUGAAUUAAAGGAGAUCGAAGCACUGCCAGCAAACCUUGAAUGGCUGAUGAUAUUUUUCUGUGAAGAGUUGGAUAAGCUUCCUAGCUUUGCAAAUUUGACUUCUCUCAGAGAACUUCAACUUGGACAUUUUGGCCGAGUUGAGAAUAUUGAAGGUUUACAAUAUUGCAGAAGAUUGGAAAUAUUGAAAGCACAAAAUUUGGAGAUGCUCCGAAUAGAAAGUUUGGAGCGCAUGGAAAAUUUGAGGACGCUGGAACUCAGAUCAAACGGGGGAUCAGAUAUUGAACGCUGCAUUCAAACGAUACAGAAGUGGCCAGAUGAAAUCAUGAUAUGUACGCGGGCAGUCCCUGAUGCGGCCUCCCUUGUAAACUCCAUACUCUCCUCGAAUCUCAAUGUGGUUGACUCCAUUUCUAACCAGAAACUUGAUUCCAAUCCAGAACUUGUGCAGAGGAGUUUCUCCAAUGGCGAUGCCCUUAUUCUCUGUUUUGUUAUAAAUUGUGUUUCUUUAAAACAAAUCUCCAUAUGUUGUAAUGGCUGGGAGAUACGUUCAACGUGGCUGUACCAGGGCAAAUGGGUAUGGAUAGUUUUCUGCACACAACGUUCCAAUAAAUGGGCAUGGCUCACUGCAGAGAAGAUCACAAUAGGAACACGUCAUGAGGCAGAGUACGCAGGAGAGGACAAAGAAGGAGACACUACAGAGGAGUUCUCAGUACCAUCUGAGUUCUCGAUAGAACAGUACGAAGAAGACAACAUUACAGAGGACUUCCCAACGACAGCCGAGUUCUCGACAAGAGAUCAGGGCGACGAAGACGGCGAAGAAGAGGAAACUGAAGAGGAGCUGUCGACAAGAGAAGACGACAGUGCAGAGGAGGGCGAAGAAGAGGAGAUGUCGACAAGAGAAGAGGACAGUGCAGAGGAGGGCGAAGAAGAGGAUAGUACAGAUGAGUUGACGAUGACAGAUGAGGACAGUGCAGAGGACACAGAAGAGGACAAAGGAGAGUGCAAAGAAGUGGAGAAAGGUUUACUCUUAAGAGGGGAAGAGCAGAGACUAGCUGAGGCUUUUCACAGCUUAUUGCCACUUUUACUGCCUAAAUAUUAG